AUGGAACGGACGAGCAAUCGGUGUCCUUUAAUGAUGGGCUCUACGCGCCUGGAGGACCCCCGCGACGACGAAGCCUCAUGGGUCACCGUAGAUUUUGAAUCAGUGAUGAAGUAUACCCAUGACGACGAGAAGCUAAUGGAGUUUGUAAUUGACCAGAUUCUAAGUUCCGAAGCCACGAUUGCCCCGAAUGCGCAGCAUUACCUUCAACCCAUGUGUAUUUCGGUGCCCGUCGUUGGGUUAAUCAGAACCGAGGACAAUGAAAACGAAAUCCUGGCUCGGGCUGAGAAGCUGGCAACCUGGUGGCUUGGGGAAAUCCGUGCUAAGAGGCUUCGUAUCGAUCGGAAGAUGAUUUUCUGUCAGAAAGUCCAGGAAAUUGUCAUCAUACAGGAAUGA